CGAGCAAACGGGUAACAAAGGUGCACGGAAAUCACGCGUAAUGAAAACGCCCGUGUUGAAGUUCUUUAAAUUUUUAGAGGAAAUUUUCAAGUAAAUUAUUUAUAAAUAGAUAAACAAAAACAAAAGUUAACGCUAAAAAAACGUCACUAACAUAACAUUGAAAACAAACUUGAGUAUACUAUGAUAAUAUAAAACAAUAAUAAAAUUCGCGAAAAUUCUAAAGAUGUUCACGUAAAGCAAUCGGGAACAAAAAGCGUGGCUGCGCUAAAAACAAAUCUCCUUCACACAGGUCUCUAAAGAUUAUUAAGAAAACUACUAAAAUAGACAUAUUAAAAGCAAUCAAUUAUGGAACAUGUGAAUAUAAGAAACGCGGCACAAACUAAUCACCUGCCACACCCUCAACUAGAGGAACAACUACAAAAUGAGAACCAACAGCAGUUCUGCUUGCGUUGGCACAAUCAUCAGACGAGCCUGCUGAGCACGCUGCCCAUGUUGCUGGAUCAGUCGCAUCUGACCGAUGUGACCAUUUCUGCAGAAGGCCGAAUGUUGCGCGCUCAUAGAGUUAUACUCAGCGCCUGCAGCACUUUUUUCAUGGAUAUUUUUCGCGCGUUGGAUGCCAGUAGCCAUCCAGUCAUCAUUAUACCGGGAGCCAACUUCAACGCCAUCGUUGCACUGCUCUCGUUCAUGUACUCAGGAGAAGUAAAUGUCUAUGAGGAACAGAUACCUAUGCUGUUGAGUCUGGCCGAAACGCUAGGCAUUAAGGGCCUGGCCGAUGUUCAAAACAAUAACAUACCUAAGCAAACGAAAGACAAUUCAGUUGAUACGAUGCACUUCGAGAAGGCAGCAGACUUAGAGACCCCUAGCAGGCAACCCACGCCUGUAGCGCCCACUUCCCAACUAAGUAGCCCGUGUUCAUUUCUAGGGAAUAAACUUACCGGAUGCACACCGUUGGAGAACCUUUUUCUUAAGUCCCUACAACUCUAUCCUAACCUUCUGCCUCAACCGUUGAACUUCUCGCAAACGGCGUUAGACAGAACAAAUGAAUUACUGACAAAAUAUCAGCAACAGUGCCAACUAUACCAAGAGUCUCAGAAUGAGGAUUUAUAUACUGCGAAGCGCCUUAAGACAGUGCCGUCUUGCAAUGCAACUGAGAGGUCGAGCCCCCUCCAAGCUCCACAACAACUACAACAGAAGGAUGUUAAACGCAUAGACAAGAUUGUCGAGAGUCUACGAGGGAUAAAUAACAAUAUUAGUAACAGUAACAGCAUCACCAGCCAGUCACCCAACGAAUCUACGCCCAAUUUGGCUAGCUCCCCAAUUACAAUGGCCCAGUCGCACUUUUCUCUGCAACAGCCGGUCAAAUCCUCAUCGACUUUCACUUCCACAAAUGCAAAGCACCAUUAUACGAAACCACUCAGUUACAACGUAAAUACGUCAUCAAUGGCAAACCAUCACAACAAUCAUUCACCCUAUAUAUCGCCCGAGGAUCAAGCAAAGCUGCAGCAGCACAUAGAACAAUAUGCCGCUUGUCAACGAGAAGCAGUGGCUGCAGCAGCAGCCGCCGCCUCAUGCAGCAUGGUCAGCGCUAAGUCGGAGCCGAAUUUGCUGUCGUUAACGGAAAAGUUAUCAGUCCCUGUUACAUCAACAAAGGCGCCAUCGAACUCAAAGAUGUAUGCCACCUGCUUUAUAUGCCACAAACAGAUGAGCAACCAAUACAAUCUUCGCGUACAUCUUGAGACGCACCAGAAUGUCAGAUAUGCUUGCAAUGUGUGCUCCCACGUGUCGCGUAGCAAAGAUGCCCUUCGUAAACAUGUUUCGUAUCGUCAUCCUGGGGCGCCUUCACCAUGUGAAAAUGAAGCUCGUCGCAAGCGGAUCACAAAGUUAUCAACUGCAGCAGUAGCUCCAAUUCCUACAGCCACAAGCGUCGACUUAGGAAGUGUGGCUGGGGAAGCUGGUUUUACAAGCACCAGCAAUGAGGGAAUUUCUACAAUGGCUAAAAAUCCGUAUAUGUUUCUUCCCAACCAGUUUCAACUGGCAGCCGCAGCAGCUGCAGUGGCCGUGGCCGACUCGAACACAACUCCUUCUAUGGACUUGCCCAUUUCAAUAAAAUGUGAAGCGGCGACAACCGCUUUCUCUAAGGAACAGGCUGGCGAGGCGGACGCAUCCAUUGCUUAGACGAAUACCACCACAAGGACUUGUUUCUAUAUAAUUAUUAUUUUUUUAAAAGUCUAAGACACACUUAUCCCUCCGUGUACCGAUCCUAACCUCUUAGUCCCGGCUGUGAUACUUAGAGCAAUUAAUCGAUUUCUCCACAUACAUAUAGAAGUGUUUAAUUUUUAUAAUUUUUUAUAAAAGACCGCAAAAACGUGUAAGUGUAGUCUUAAAAAAAAAACAAACAUCAAAGAUCCUUUACAGUCCGCAGCUUCUUUCUUAAGUUUUCAUUAUGUUAUGUACGUAAAUGCAUAUAUCGUCCACAAGCAAACAUCUUUUUGAACUUACAUACUAUAUAUACUGUGCUGAAAACUGCGAGGCUUCAAAUGAACUAAAAUCCAGCAAAAACAUAGAAUGCUUAUACCUUACACAUUCUAGUAAUUUAAGAAAGUUUUAUAAAUAUUCUAUGUCUUUUAUACACAAAAAAAAACCCAAUGACACAAGCAUGCACACAAAAAGACAAGGCCAAAGCCUAUAAAAAUAAUUUAAACAUUUUAAA